AUGCCUCCUCUGUUUGUGCCCAUCCAGGGCGUUUCUCGUACCGGUGUUGUUGCGGACGAUGUUUCCCACAUCCCCGCAAACGGCUAUCUUUCUUCCGGCUCGGAUCUACAUGGUGCUGGCCAUAUGGGCGUGGGGCCCUUGGAUCGCAUAAUCAUGUCGUUGAACUCGGGAAUCGAGUCGGAAAUCGAGUAUGCGCUCGGUGCUCUCACAUACUACUCGUGCAACGAGCCCAAGUUGCUCAACUUUUCUGUGUACCCGCUUAUGGGCAACGAGCUCAUCAAGUAUUUUUUCAAGCCGUUUCAGUUGAUCUUGGACGGCAAGGAGCAGCUGCUCCGGCCUCCGGUGAUGUCUUUGGCGGUGGAGUCGCUCUUGUCGCUUCGAAACGCCGUCCAGGACUUGCACAACCAGCAGUGGCUCUCGCAGAUCAAAAGCUUCCGCAAAAACGCAACCGCGGCCCUCGGCUUUUUGGUCAAGUGGUUCUACACGCCGCAAAACCACUCGUACCACUUGUCGCAGUUCCACGACUUGUUCAAGGAGGCCUUGAUGCACUUGUUGGACAUUCUCGACCCGCUCACGUGCUUCUACAUUGACAAUGCCAAAAACGACCCCUUGUUUGCCCAUCUUCUUACCGUCUUGCUGCAGACGCACGACAAGUACAUCUUUACCGUGUCUGUCAAGUGCGUACACCACAUGUUGUUUUUAAGCGGCCCGAGCUCGGCCAAAGAGGCAGACGCCGAAAUCGACACUAAUAACUGCAUCGACGCAAUCCAGCCCGAUCACCUCUUAGUCAUUGUGCGCGCGCUUCUUAUUGGUGACGAAGAGUUGACCUAUACAGUGUUGCUGUUUUUGAAACAGUACUUGGGCUCUACGGCUCUCCACCCGCAAUAUUCUUCUUCUACCGCUUCCUCGCAGCUUCACCGCUUACGGAAACUCGUGCAGGCCGGCCCAGCUCUGCGCAACUUGCACAUCUUGAUGAAACAGCUCCCACAGUUAAUUGUGGCCAAUCUUCCCUUGGUAGACGCGUCUAAAUUGCAACAAGAUUUCCCCACCUGGCUUCUGAAACGCUCAGCAAACAGCGGCGUGCCCAAUACAACCGUGCGCUUGCCGCAGAAGUUGUACGAUAUUAUCAUCACUUUCCCAGAGCCUCUCCGGGCCACCACGUGGCUCCGGUGCUGUUAUGAGCCAUACGUAGGAAAUACUAGCGGGAAUGAAACAAAAGACCUGGCUGCAGGUGAAGUGACGCAGAUCUCGCUCUGGAAAGCGUACGAAAACCAGUUUGAGGCCAUCUGGAAAGACCGUCUGAACGCAAAAUGGCCCAACUUGUUGCCUGCGGUGGACUUUAUCAAGAACGUCAGUUCCGCAUUUCCAAACUCCGAGGCUAUGGUGGUGAACAUUCCGUCACAGGAUCCAGCGCAGCCAGCUCGCAAGAAAUUCAUCAUCAAGGGCAUCCAGCCGCGCCGGUUCCCGGUCAAUAUCGACGUGGGCAACUUUGAAGCGUUGCGUCGGUCCGUGGGCUCGGAAGACUCCAGUCCUUUGGGCAAAUACGCAGGAGAAGUUGACACCAAGGCAUUCCGUGCGGCGGUGGAAGCUUUCAAUGAUUCGCUCUUAUCCACAUCAGAAGGCUUGCUUGGUGUUUCCGACGUCAAUGCGCCAUGGUAUUCUCCCGUGAAUGCGCUCAGUCGGGAUAUUCUUCGGCGAACCAUCGAGUCGUUGUUAGAUCUGGACACUGACGGCGUGUACAAAAACGUGUUCCGCCAGUACAAUAAGGAGUGGUUACCGCAGUGUGUUUAUGCCAACCCGGGCUUGGUGGAGCAUGCAUACAUUGAGGGCCGGUGGUUACUGUAUCUUUUGUAG